AUGUCGACGACGUACCGACGUGCGCACCUUGGCCUGCGUGCGCCUGGGCGCGCCGUAUCGGCGAGUGCGGCAAGUAGCGUGCGUGCUGCACCAGGAGGCCGCUCUGCCUCGGCUACGAGUGUGCCGGAUCAUCGCCGUGCGGAGACAUCGAUGCGAGUGCUGGUGCGUGUGCGGGGCACGGCACCGGCGGGCGAGAGUGUGCUGGUCACAGAGGGGGCGCGUGGUGAGCAUGUGACGCUCGUGCAGGAUGCGUCGCCGUCGUCAUCGCGCUCUAGAACGUACGCGUUUGAUCAGGUGCUAAGUGCAGAGGCGGAUCAGAAUAUGGUGUAUACGGAAGCCAUAGGGAGCGUACUGGACGAUGUGCUCCUAGGAUACCAUUGCACGAUUUUCGCGUAUGGACAGACGGGCACAGGCAAGACACAUACGAUGGAGGGUGAUUUAUCGUCGUUCAUGGAAACGUAUGCACCCGACGCAGGCGUGAUUCCACGCGCCUUGUACCGCCUCUUUCAUGUGCUCGAGUCGCGCGGCAGCGACUUUGCGGUGCGCAUGUCUUUGGUCGAGCUGUACAAUGAGGAGCUGCGUGACCUGCUCAGUGAUGAGCCGACGUCUCUGCGUAUGUACGACGAUCCACGGGGCCGCGGCAUCAUGCUGCAGGGUGUGGAAGAAGUGCCACUUACGAGUGCAGCGCAUGGGCUGGCACUCUUACGACGAGGAAGUGAGCGACGGCACGUCGCCUCGACGCUGUGCAACCAUACGUCCAGUCGCUCCCACUGCGUAUUCUCGCUGACAGUGCAUGUCAAGGACACGACUGGCACGCGCAGCCAAGGCGAGGAAAUGAUGCGGAUCGGCAAGAUGAAUCUGGUGGAUUUGGCCGGCAGCGAGAGCAUCGGACGCAGCGGUGCCGAGCAUCGGCGCGCACGCGAGGCUGGCGCGAUCAACCAGAGCCUGUUGACGCUCGGCCGGGUGAUCAACGCCCUCGUAGAAGGGAGUGCGCAUGUGCCGUACCGCGAGUCGCGGCUGACACGUUUGCUGCAAGACUCGCUGGGUGGACGUGCCAAGACUUGCAUUAUCGCGACCGUCAGUGACGACCGCGAAAACGUGGAAGAGACGCUGUCCACGCUGGACUAUGCGUCUCGGGCCAAAUCGAUCAAAAACCGCCCCGAGGCGAGUCAGCGCAUGACUCGUGCAGCGCUUCUCCGUGAAUACGUCGCUGAAAUGGACCGUCUACGCAGUGACUUGGCCGCCACACGCGCCCAAAACGGCAUCUACGUGAGCCAAGAAUCCUGGGCCCAUAUGGAAGCUGAGCGUGCACUUCUCAGAAAGCAGCUCGACGAGCACCAGCGUGGCGCCGAUGUAUCGGCGAGCCGGCUGCACAGCAUGCAGGAGCAGCUCGAGCAGAAUUCACGUGUGCUGGCGAAACGCGAGGCGGACGCGGCGCGGGCCGAGUCAGAGCUACAGACCCUGGCUCAGCGGGCCCAAGAAGAUCUGGCUUCCCUCAUGGAGCGCGUUCGUGCACAUGCUGCAUGCAUCCAGCGGAGCAUCGCGUCCUCGCUGACGUCCAUGGAAUCUGUCGGCGAUGCCCCUGCUUUCACUGAGCACGUCGCGCAGAUUCUGCAGCAACAUCUUGAUGCGCUGCACACCGAGCAUACCCGGUCAGCCGCUGCCUUCGGCACGUCCAUUCAGACGCAUGCGAGGCAUGUAGCGGAGCUGCUAGAGACAUCUCAAAGUCUGGGACGCGCAUGGCACACGAGCCUCAUUGAGACUGCGUCACGUACCGAGGCGUUUGCGCAGCACGCCCAGGCAAGCUCAGCACACGCACACGAGCAUGCCGUGCGCGCUGCGCAGCGGUGGAACGAGGCCCAGCGCGCCAUGCAGACGGACGCAGAUACACUCAAAGCAGCUCUCGUUCAAGCUAUCGAUACCUUUGUGCAUACCCAAGACACCCGUCUGGCUCACCACGCGAGUGAAGCAACGCAUGCAGAGCGCGAUGCCGCGCAUGCCCAUGCAUCUACGAUACCGCUUAUCACGGCUCAGCAACAGGCCAUGCAGCAAGCCAGGCAUGAGCACCAGACCGCUCUGAUGCAGAUGGAGCAGGCAGUGCGACACGUUACUGACAGCGAGCAGUCCCACCAGCAAGCAUGGAGCGCGCACCAGCGGCACGUCCAAGACGCCGAAGACACGGCCCGCGAAAGCGUCGGACAGGCUACGGAGCAGGUUGCUGCACCUGCGGAGCAAUACAUUCAGGCAUCGCGCGCGUCGACUCGCACAGCCAUUCAGACCGUCAAGGAGGUACACACGGCACUGGGCACGCUGACCGACCGUUGGCCUCUGCAGGACUAUGAUACCAACCGUGAUGUGCCCAGUAUUACGCCUCGGAAGCGGCACGUACCAUAG